GUAGCUUUGCAAAGAUCUCACGGCUUCACAAUUUCCACAAGUUAAUUUCUCGGAUGGCAGGGAGAGAAGUCUCGGAACUGGGCGAAGAACAGGCUUCCAAGCGUCGCAGUGAGACAGAGCAGGAGCAAGAACGACCAGAGGACAAAACGAGGGGAUUUGGGGCGCUUUGAGCCAGUCGUCGUCGAGCAGGAGUCGCCAGUUGGAGAAAGUUGAUUCACUUUGAGAACGAGGGCUCGAGUGCCUCCCACGCUCACGCACAUCACAUCAAAUGAAGACCAUAAAAACACCACCACCGCCGACCCCGACUAUCUCCUUGCCACACUCCAAUCUCCACUAAUUAAUUUACUGAACUCGGUGCAACUGUGAGUUACAUAACCAAAUUACAUCUCUAAAUUAACGUCCAAUUACCUGCAAAUUGAAAUCUGCUUUGACGUGGUCAUCGGGGUUGACUGGAGGAAACUGAGAUUUUGUAUUAAUCACAAUUUUCCUCCAUCCCCGGUUUUCAAUAAGUGAUUGACAUUUACAUAACGAGACGAGUUAACACCUUCUCAACCAAAGCUGGGAUUUGGGGAUAACUGUUUUGGUGAUAAACACUUUAAUUCAAAAUAUCCUUUCGUCCAUGUGCGGUGCUAAUUUUCAACACUAAUUACAUUGCCCUUUCGAGCUUGAGACAAGUCAUUUUCUCGAUAGAAAGCGGCGCUCCGAAAAGCUGUUACAUUUCAAUUAAAUUAAAGGUGACUUCUUUGCUACUCUUGUCUUUUUGAAGCAAAAUUUGAAGUUUGUUUGAGUAACAUGCUUGACGGACCGGAAAUUAAAGUGUCGCACUACUGCUGCGUCUAAAUCUAGGAAUCUGACCAAAUUGAAUAAAUCCAGUGAGCCUGACAUAACUACUCUCGACACAGAAAUGCCAAUGGAACCGUGAGAAUUUUGCUGAGUGGUUGCCCAACGCUGAGAAACCUGGAAACAUCCUGAGAACUGCUCUCUCCUUCCACGACCGCAAAAUGAAGGAAGACCUUGAGUGAGACGACGAACCCUCAAAUAACCUCCUCCUCCGGAAACAACAGAACAUUUACAGACGACUCAAUUUAAUUUCGGAAAUGUCCCCAACGCCAUUCCGUUUUGGGAAAAUAUGUGGGAAUCAACCCUUGUGAACUUGUGGUCGAAUGGAAACGAAGACUAAUUUGGUGACAAUGAAAUAUCCAGCAUCAUACCAAAACUCCCACGCUUACAUUUAUCGAAGGAGGAAGUGAGGAAUGGGACAGAGUGAGCGAGUGAAAGACCUCUUGUGUAAGGACCACGGGAAGUUGAAGUAUGUAUAAUUUCCAUGAAAGUGAAACAUACCAAGUUUUGUGUAUGGGUGACAUAGAUGAAUUUUAUCAGGAUACUCCAUUUCUGAAACAUUUUCAAAUGCCAUACUGCUGAAUCUUUAUGUAUGAACACGUUGCACAAUUCCCAUGACUUUACCACAUUGGUCACCGGAUAUAAAAUCCCAUUUUAUGCCAGUCUCAUUUUAUGUCAGUGUCCGUUAGUUUGUCAAAUGAUUUGUCAUCUACCUUCUCCUACCUAAAAAAGGACAAUGUUCUUGUGAACCACCAAGUUAUACUGAACAAUAAGCUCCAUUUAGUUCACCACCAUUAACUCUAGUGUGUAAACUUCUGAAAUGUUGGGAGCAAGAAUUUCGCAACCAUUUUCGCCGCAAUCUGCAUCGACCAUAGCCAUGAUCUUACAUAACAGAACAUUUUCGCCAACCACAACCCCCACUACUUUCUCCUCGCCUACCUCCGCCGCAGAAAUCCUGCUUAGCUCUGGGCUACAGUUGGCUGCGAACAGUAAUGAUACGGGGUUUUCAUCAAAUGGAAACUCGACGACCCAAAAUGAGUUGCCGCUCGAUAUGCAGUUUAAUGACGGUCAUCUUCUUUCCGUCAUUGUCUACUCCAUCCUCAUGUUCAUCUCAGCCAUUGGGAAUUUGUCCGUUCUCAACAGUAUGAUCAAAAUUCGGAUGAAGGCGAGACUGAACCGGGUGAAUCUCCUCCUCAUGCACUUGGCCAUAGCCGACCUCUUUGUCACAUUCCUGAUGAUGCCGUUGGAGAUCGGAUGGAACAUUACAGUGUCGUGGAAGGCUGGCGAUUUCAUGUGCCGAUUCAUGUCAUUUUUUCGCACAUUUGGGCUCUUCCUUUCCGGUUUUAUUGUGAUGUGCAUCAGCUUCGACAGAUACUUCGCCGUCCUUCGACCUCUCGCAUUACCGGAAGCUAACAAAAGAGGACGGCUCAUGCUGUACUUGGCCUGGGGAGGCAGUUUUGUUUGCAGUCUUCCCCAAUCUUACGUGUUUCACCUCGAGCACCAUCCCAAAUUUACAUGGUAUUCUCAGUGUAUCACCCUCGGAACCUUUUCCACUCCAGGAGCGGAGUUAGCCUACAAUUUUUUUGGCUUCACGAUGAUGUAUGGGCUCCCGUUGGUGGUCAUCGUCUUCAGCUACGCUUCCAUUCUCUGCGAGAUUUUUAAAGUGAAUGCACUUCGAAAAAACGGCGAGGAGCUCCGACGUUCGUCCAUGGAGGCUUUAACUCGUGCCAAAGUGAGAACUUUGAAAAUGACUGUCGUGAUCGUUGCUACUUUUUUCCUUUGUUGGACACCUUACAACGUCAUGUCAUUGUGGUAUUGGUUCGAUAGAGAAAGUGCGAAAAUGGUGGAUCACCGAAUUCAAAAAGGUCUUUUCCUAUUUGCCUGCGCUAACUCGUGUUUGAAUCCUCUGAUUUAUGGAUUAUUCCACAUCCGGAGUCAUCAAAGGCGGAAAAGUGAAAUGCGGAUUCGACAAACUCUGCUCGCCAACAAUUGUCGACUGGAGCGAAUCGACAGGCCCCCGUACGGAGUUCGAGUUCGCUGGAAGCCCCGUGAUUGUCUCUGCUCUGUAGCUUCAGGAUCCAGCAGUGAUAACUCGAAGCUUCCUCCGGGUCACAUUCCCAUGGUUAAUAGAAAUCAAAACCACAACAAUCAAGGUCACAGACAUCGGCGUGGGACAAGAUCCACUGCAGUUGACAAUCUGUAUGGGAGCCAACGUCGAACGAAAACAACAAGUCUGGUGCCACUUACAUCCAGGGAGUUCAAUCGACACGUCCCCCAUACUCAAGAUGGUCUCAAAGUUCAGAAUGGUCUCAUGGUUGUCAACAAUAACCAUUUGAAUUCCACCAGCCCGACAAACACCACGUCCUUCACUCUGGGUGCCGGCAGGGGUGCGAAUAUUAAGCCAAGAAGAAAUAUUAGUAGUUUCGAUCCGGAGGAGGAAGACAGCUCUGCCCUUUGCACGCCCACUCCCCGAUUUACCCGAAAUAAUACUCUGGGUGAUGCAAGUGUAAGCAACAUUCAGCUCGUAACAAUUUCUUCACCCAUGGAAAAAAAUCACCAUCUCAACAAUAGCCUGCAGUUUGACUUGGAUUUGGAAGGAGGUGGUGGGAAUAUGUGAUAUAGAGCUAGCGUUGAAAAUUUCAUCUAGUUUUCCCCCAUACGACUGGAUAUGUACCAAUGAUGAUACCCUCAUCUCCUACCUAACGAACCCACCAACGAUUGAGACUAUGUACACAACAAUUCAAUUUGAAUUGGCCUUGCGUGUUUGAAAGAGAAUUGAUGGCUUCGUAAUGUGUACUCUGGGCGAUUCCUUGGUUUGAAUUAGACCUUGAGUCUAAAUCUCUGUCAGACAUUUCAUUAAUUAAUCAAUUUACAAGUGAAUGGUUUCAUGCUGCUUUGCCAUUUGCAAAAAUAACAGCAUAAAAUUAUACGUGUUUAGUAGUUAUACGAUAUCAAAACGACACAAUUAUCAAAGUUUAUCCUCAGAAUUGCCCGUCUUCGUACCUAUGUCCUACACACCUGGUCUAGCGAUAAGUCUAUUUACUAGGGUCAUAACUCUAAGGCACGUGCAGAAGCAGUGGGCAGUGAAUGGAGGGUAAUGUGUGUGUGGCAUAUCUAUCUGGCCGAAUUAAUCAUCCUUAGCUAGAGGUUAUACACCUUGAUUAAAUACAUGACUUAUUUUGACAGGUUCAAAUGACACUCUUCCUUCCAUAAAUACUGGGCUGCUUGGAGUAACCCAACGUAUUAAUAUUUAAUUACUCAACGCGGAAUCUGGAGUGAGCCAGAGAGGUUCCAAGUGUGUAGACACGUAUAGGUUCGACUCGAUCAUGGACCAGAUUCUGGUCCAUUUACUAAUUUGUACCCCUACUCAGCUUUUAGUGUAAUUAGAUACAUGUUUGAUCCCAUUUUGUAACAAAAUAAAUUUAUAUACUACACAAGCAGGAACCACACAUUUCAAUGAGUGAGUGAGGUUUUCGAGUUAACUAAAUAAAUUACACUUUCACAAAGAAACCACCAACAAAAUGCUCCUAGUUUGUACACUAUAGUCAUGUUAUUUUAAGUCGGGUAGUUGGUCUGUGAUGAUCGUUUUAUGAUAGUUUCGUUUCCGAUGGAUGCUCAGUAUGGGCAGCGUUAUUGCUAACAUCUAAAAAUAUUUUUAUUACGUCAUAAAAUGAACCGAUUAACGAGGAACAUUUCGGUUCAAUCCCACCAAAACUCUCUCUCUUGUUAUGUAUAUGUGGUUAGGAUGUCUGAUUGAUGUUCAUGUUUCCUGUACCUAGUCGUAUCUAAGUAUCUGUAUGGUGUUACGUGUAUAGCACAACUUUAUGUACCUGUAAAACGAAUUCAUGCCAAAAAGUAAAGUAAAUAAACAAAUUCAUUCAUGUUUUGAUCCA